UAUUCGGUCUCUUUCUAAUCGCUCGAACAAGAUGUCUCACCGAAAGUUCGAGGCACCACGUCACGGUUCCCUGGGAUUUCUUCCCCGCAAAAGAUGCAAGAGRCAUCGCGGCAAAGUCAAGUCUUUCCCUAAAGAUGAUGCAACUCUCCCUCCUCAUCUUACAGCCUUUAUUGGCUUCAAAGCUGGCAUGACUCAUAUUCUAAGAGAAGUUGAGAAACCUGGAUCAAAACUUCACAAGAAGGAGAAGGUUGARGCUGUGACAAUAAUUGAGACACCACCCAUGAUGGUUGUCGGUGUUGUUGGCUACAUUGACACACCWCGUGGUCUUAGAGUCUUAAAGACUGUCUGGGCUGAGCAUCUYAGUGAGGAGUGCAAGCGCCGAUUUUAUAAGAACUGGUGCAACUCCAAGAAGAAGGCCUUCACCAAAGCCAGCAAGAAGUGGGGAGAUGACGAUGGCAAAAAAAGCAUUGAAGAAGAUUUUAACAUGAUGAAGAAGUACUGUAAAGUCAUCCGAGUUAUUUGCCACACACAGCAAAAACUUGUUAAACUGAGGCAAAAGAAGGCUCACAUCAUGGAAAUCCAAGUCAACGGCGGAAAGGAUGUKGCUGAAAAGGUUGAUUGGUGCAGAGAGCGCCUUGAAAACCCCGCCCCAGUACGCAAGGUAUUUGCCCAGAACGAGAUGAUUGAUGUGAUUGGUGUAACCAAGGGACACGGAUUCAAGGGUGUCACAUACCGUUGGGGUACUAAAAAGCUACCACGCAAGACACACAAGGGUCUUCGUAAGGUAGCCUGUAUUGGUGCUUGGCAUCCUGCCCGUGUUGCCUUCUCGGUUGCCCGUGCUGGUCAGUCAGGUUACCAUCACAGGACUGAGCUGAACAAGAAGAUCUACCGCAUUGGACAAGGUAUYCACACCAAGGACGGCAAGGUCAUCAAGAACAAUGCCUCUACAGAGUACGAUCUCACAGACAAGAGCAUUACACCAAUGGGUGGCUUCCCUCACUAUGGUACUGUCAAUGAAGACUUCCUCAUGGUSAAAGGAUGUGUUGUUGGACCAAAGAAGAGGGUUCUUACUCUCCGUAAGUCUCUCCUUGUCCACACAAAGAGAUCAGCUYUAGAGAAGGUGACAUUGAAGUUCAUCGACACCUCAUCCAAGUUUGGUCAUGGCCGCUUCCAGCAUCCUGCAGAGAAGAGAGCUUUCAUGGGCUUGCUCAAGAAAGACAGGGAAAGGGAAUUGACUGCUGGUGCCGAAUAAAGUGUAACAAUAAACUGCACAAUAAAAAUAUCGAAUUGCUAAAA